GUGCCGGUGCAAAGCCCCAGUGCGGGUUAGAGCAGCCGGCAGAGUAGAGCACGGGGGGGCUGUAGCGCUGAGCUCUCCUGUGCCGGUGCACCCCAAAUCCGGGUUUGAGCAGCCGGUAGAGCAGAGCACGGGGGUGGAUGUAGCUCUGAGCUCUCCCGUGCCGGUGCAAAGCCCCAAGGGAGGGUUUGAGCAGCCGGUAGAGCAGAGCACGGGGGAGGGUUUAGCGCUGGGAGCGCUCCGGUGGCGGUGCAAAGCCCCAAUCCGGGUUUGAGCAGCCGGCAGAGCAGAGCACAGGGUUGAUGUAGCUCUGAGCUCUCCCGUGCCGGUGCACCCCAAACCCGGGCUGGAGCCGCCGGCCGAGGGGCAGCGCGGAUGGCUGAGCGGUGCUGGCUGCGGGCGCAGCUCGCUCCGGCCCGGCUGCAGGAAUGUCCCGCUCCCCUCGUGAUUGGCUGCGGGAUGCUGGAGUCAGCUUUCACGGGGCUGAUCAAAAACUUCCCUCGGCUCUCCCAAGGCUCUGUCUGAGCACAGGAAUCGGCUGGAGGAGGCCGGGCGCUCUCACAUUCCUCGGGAAAACUUCAGUGGGAUGAGAGGGCUUUCCCAGCCCGGGCCAGGCGCUGCUCCUGCUUUUCUCCCGCAGAUCGGCCUGAGCAGCCAUCCCUUCUGGCAUGCUUCUCAUCCCUGAGGAUACGAUGUCUCAGUACUCCACCAACUUCCUGCUGCUGCCCAUCCCGGAGUACCCCGUGCUGGACUGUGCGCCCACCAAAAUCAUCAAGCUGGUGGUGCUGGGAGGCAGCAGCGUGGGCAAGACAGCCCUGGUCGUGCGCUUCCUCACAAAGAGAUUUAUUGGGGACUACGAAGCCAACACUGGUGCUUUGUAUUCCAGGAAGUUCACCAUAGAUGGGGAGCAGAUCUCUCUGCAGGUGCAGGAUACUCCCUUUGUCUCACUGGAGGAUGACACGGACAGCAUCUGCUGCCAGGAGCAGAUAAACCGCUCGAUCUACUGGGCCGACGGCUUCGUGUUUGUUUAUUCCAUCACGGACUACGAGAGCUUCCGCGUGCUGCGGCCUCUGCACCAGCACAUCCGCAGGAUCCACCCCAACGCCAACAUCCCCCUGCUGCUCAUGGCCAACAAGGGGGACCUGCUGAGGGCCAGGCAGGUGUCCUCCAAGGAAGGGCUGCAGCUGGCCACGGAGCUGGGCGGGACGUACAGCGAGGUGUCGGCGCGGGAGAACUGCGAGGGAGUGCACGAGGCGUUCCAGCAGCUGUGCCAGGAGCUGAGCAGGAGCAGCAGCAGCUGCAACGGGGAGAAGAGGAGAGGGCUGCACCUCGUGAGGCCCAAGUCACCCAACAUGCAGGACCUGAAGAGGCGUUUGAAGCAGGCUCUGACUUCCAAAGGCAAAUCUGCCACCACGCUUUGAUGGGGUCGCUCGGGGUUUGUGUUGCAGAGCCCUGGGGAUAAAGGCAGCACGUUGGGAAAAAGGGGCAUCAAUGCAGCCAUGGGGUUGUGAGAGACUCCCAGGUUGUGUGAGAGAUUCUUUCACAUCUUUCUCCAAAAGCCCCUGCUCAUUCAGCAAAGGAACUCCCAGAAUCUGCUCUCUGGGGCAGGGAUUUCAAAACUGUGGUUUAAAAAAAGAGAUCAUCCCGGAUGAUUUCAUUUUUUUUUUAAAGGGGUGCACUCAAAUAGCUUGGUGUUUGAAAGUGGGUUUUGUUGAUGAGAAUAAUGAAAUCCUACCCUUGGGAAUGGUUGUGUUCCCAAACACAGGCAGGGAAGUACAGCAGGACAUGAGGAGAGUGACAGGAGCUGUACGGAGCAAGGAAAACGGACCAGAUCUGCUUCAUUGCAAGACUGGAAAAUAAAUGAAUUAAUUCAUUUAAAUGAAGAACAUAAAUAGUGAAAAGUAUGAAUUGGAAGAAAGAAUUCUGAGUAAUGGGGAGAGAUUUGUUCAUAUGCAAACUUCAGCCUUACAGUGUCUCUAAAGGGAGAUUUUUUUAAAAUCACUAUUUUUUGAGAUUAUUUUUGUUUAAAAGCACAGUGACUGCUUCUGAAAGUGAUUAUUUGGGCAAAAUACAAACUUGUGGCAGCAUUUUGUAAUCAGUUUCUCCAUGGCAUUUCUCAUUUUUUCUGAAGGUUUCCUACAUGGCAAAAGGGAAAAAUAGAUCAGAGUGGUUUAAAACCUGCCAAAAAAUGGACUGCACUGAUCAAGAUCAAGGAGGUCACCUAAAAGUCUGAAUUUUUUUAAGUUAGACUUCAAGUUCAAAAUGCUUUUAAAGAAACAAAGUCUUCACAUGAACCAUAUUUACAUCAUUAGAUUGUCCAGGGUUUUUUUUUUUUAAGAAGAAAAGGUUUUAUGAUGCCUGAAAUGUUUGGCUUGGGGAAUUCUUGAUUUUGUUGUUUGAGUUAAACCCAGGCUGCCCUGAGCAGCUCCCAGAGCAUCCCAGCCUGUCAGGACCUAUCCCAGCAGCAGAGUCUGCUUGUGCCCCAGCACAUCCAAGGAUUUGGGGCUGUAUCCCAAAAAGUGAUUUCUGGGAGCAAUAAAACAGCACAGAGCUCCCAGCACUCUGUUCUCAGUGAGAGGGGAGGAAAGGGCUUGGGCCAUGUCAGAUUCCUGCACCAACCUCUCCUUCUAACACAGCAGAUGAAGAAUUCAAGGACCAUGAAAUGAAGUCAAGCUCAGUGAUUUAUACUCAGGGACACUGGAGGGAAACCCGAGUUUGAUGGAUAUGGAAAACACUCCCAGCUGCAGUUUCAUCUGGCAAGACUGAGCUAAAUCAACCUUUUCCUCUUUAGGAGCAACAAAAAUGGAAAUAGAGUCUGAUGAGUACUUGUAUAGCUCAGGGCUUUAAAAUGUACUUUGUAUUUUUCAUUUCCCUAUAUUAGACAGCUCUAGCCAUGAGUUUAUCACCUGGGUUUGCCUUAUCUCCAGCUCACUUUCUGUUUUAUUUAUUGUUUUCCACAGCUGCUCAUCUGAGAAUGUCUUGUGUUCUCAUUCAUUUAGGAGUCUUUCAUUCCCACAAAUGCCCUGCACCUGGUUUAAAAUUCAGUUUCAAGUGGUAGUAGGAGGGGAAAGGUUGGAUCAUGCAAAAAGGGACUCAAAUCAUAUCAGGGAAUUUUAACUUUGGCUUAUGCUUAAUUAAUAAAUGGGUGUUUGAGCAGUGUCA